AUGGCAAACGUGUUCUUUGACAUCUCAUUUGGUGGAGGAGCUCCAAGCAGAAUCGUUUUCAAGCUCUAUGAUGACGUCGUUCCAAAGACAGCUCAUAAUUUCAGAGAACUUGCCACUGGAUGUACUCAGUUAACUCUAUUUUUAGCUAAGGGUUUUGGCUACAAGGGAUCCCCCUUCNAAAUAGAGGCCUAAGACUCACGGAUAAAGAUCUUAACAUGAAUUUGAAGAAGAAAUAGACAACAAUUAGGAUAUCGAGUGCCUCUAUAAAUGGUUAAAGUAAGGAGAUUUUAAACAAGAAAUCACAACUGAGCUUAUCUGAAAAUCGAUAUAAGAAUUUGAAUACGCGUUAGAGUUCUAUAUGA